UUGACCAGGGAGCACCGCUGCGGCCGUUCAGAGGAGCAGGAACCGGAGCCCGGGUUGAGUCCGAAAAAAGCCGGAUCCAGACGGUGGCUCCGGAACGGCUGCAAUUGGAAGAUGGAGGAGCCGGAGGAACCGGCGGACAGUGGGCAGUCGCUGCCUCCAGUUUACAUCUACAGUCCCGAGUAUGUCAGCAUGUGCGACUCCCUGGCCAAAGUCCCCAAACGGGCCAGUAUGGUACAUUCUUUGAUUGAAGCAUAUGCACUGCAUAAGCAAAUGAGGAUAGUUAAGCCCAAAGUAGCCUCCAUGGAGGAGAUGGCCACCUUCCACACUGAUGCCUAUCUGCAGCAUCUCCAGAAGGUCAGCCAAGAAGGAGAUGACGAUCAUCCAGACUCCGUAGAAUAUGGGCUAGGUUAUGACUGCCCUGCCACGGAAGGGAUAUUUGACUACGCAGCAGCUGUAGGAGGGGCCACAAUCACAGCUGCGCAGUGCCUGAUUGACGGAACGUGCAAAGUAGCAAUUAACUGGUCUGGAGGGUGGCAUCAUGCAAAGAAAGAUGAAGCAUCUGGUUUUUGUUAUCUCAAUGAUGCUGUCCUGGGAAUAUUACGAUUGCGACGGAAAUUUGACCGUAUUCUCUAUGUGGAUUUGGAUCUGCACCAUGGAGAUGGUAAUAAAAAAAAUGACUUCAGUUUCACCUCCAAAGUCAUGACAGUGUCCCUGCACAAAUUCUCCCCGGGAUUUUUCCCAGGAACAGGUGACGUGUCUGAUGUUGGCCUAGGGAAGGGGCGGUACUACAGUGUAAAUGUGCCCAUUCAGGAUGGCAUACAGGAUGAGAAGUAUUACCACAUCUGUGAAAGUGUACUAAAGGAGGUAUACAUAGCCUUUAAUCCCAAAGCAGUGGUCUUACAGCUGGGAGCUGAUACGAUUGCUGGGGAUCCCAUGUGCUCCUUUAACAUGACUCCAGUGGGAAUUGGCAAAUGUCUUAAGUACAUCCUUCAGUGGCAGUUGGCAACACUCAUUUUGGGAGGAGGAGGCUAUAACCUUGCCAACACGGCUCGAUGCUGGACAUACUUGACCGGGGUCAUCCUAGGGAAAACACUAUCCUCUGAGAUCCCAGAUCAUGAGUUUUUCACAGCAUAUGGUCCUGAUUAUGUGUUGGAAAUCACGCCAAGCUGCCGGCCAGACCGCAAUGAGCCCCACCGAGUCCAGCAAAUCCUCAACUACAUCAAAGGGAAUCUGAAGCAUGUGGUCUAGUUGACAAAAAGAGAUCAUGUUUCCAGAGCUGAGGAGCAGUGCCGGUAAUGAAGACAGCGUGUUUAUGCGAGCAGCGUGUGGAAUUUGUGACUGCAGGGGAGAUUUGGAAGAAAUUACUUCCUGAAAAUUUCCAAGGGGCACCAAGUAGCAGCUGGCCUCCUGGGGUGAGGCAGGCAGGCACCCCAGAGGCCUCAACUAGGCCUAGGGGAAGAGAGAGAUU